AUGUCUCUCUUCGCUACGUAUUCGCUGGCGGCAGCGCUACUAUUCUUUCUGGACCUGAGUUACGCAAUGUUCCACCGACGGAGCCAUGGGGAUCUUAAAGAACUUCCAGGUCCCAAAGGAUAUCCUCUGAUCGGAAACCUAUUCGACAUGCCACGAGAAAAAGCAUUCCUGAAGUUUAAAGAGUGGGCAGAAAAAUAUGGUCCGAUUUUCAAAAUCGAAUUUUUGGGCCAGACGCAGGUAAUUGUUUCGAACCAGACCCUUGCUGAGGAUCUCCUGGCCAAAAGAGGAGCCAUCUAUUCAGACCGAGGGACUCUGCAUAUGAUCAAGCUCGUUACCGGAGGAUGA